AUGGGGGUCAGAACUAGAGUGAGGAAUGGGGUCAGAACUACAGUGAUGAGUGGGGUCAGAACUAGAGUGAGGAAUGGGGGUCAGAACUACAGUGAGGAAUGGGCUCAGAACUACAGUGAGGAAUGGGCUCAGAACUACAGUGAGGAAUGGGGUCAGAACUACAGUGAGGAAUGGGGUCAGAACUACAGUGAGGAAUGGGCUCAGAACUACAGUGAGGAAUGGGGUCAGAACUACAGUGAGAAGUGGGGUCAGAACUACAGUGAGAAGUGGGGUCAGAACUACAGUGAGAAGUGGGGUCAGAACUACAGUGAGGAAUGGGGUCAGAACUACAGUGAGGAAUGGGGUCAGAACUACAGUGAGGAAUGGGGUCAGAACUACAGUGAGAAGUGGGGUCAGAACUACAGUGAGAAGUGGGGUCAGAACUACAGUGAGAAGUGGGGUCAGAACUACAGUGAGGAAUGGGGUCAGAACUACAGUGAGGAAUGGGGUCAGAACUACAGUGAGGAAUGGGGUCAGAACUACAGUGAGAAGUGGGGUCAGAACUACAGUGAGAAGUGGGGUCAGAACUACAGUGAGAAGUGGGGUCAGAACUACAGUGAGGAAUGGGGUCAGAACUACAGUGAGGAAUGGGGUCAGAACUACAGUGAGAUGGCUCAGAAUCGCUUGGUGUUGGGUAUCGUGAGGGGUUGGUAG